AUGACUCGUUUGAAUUUAGAUAAUAAUGACAUUGUUCCAAUUAAUUUAUCGGUCUUUAGCAAAUUUGUAAAUUUGGAGAAAUUAAACAUUGGCACAAAUUAUGAGGAAAGAAUUAAGCAAGGAAUGUAUAAUCGCUUUUAUGGUUCUUUGGAACCUUUGCAAGGUUUAACUAAAUUAGAAAAAUUAAGCAUCGAGAAUACUGACAUUAAUGAUGGUUUAGGACAUUUGCCAGAGAACUUGAAAAGAGUUGCUUGCGAUGGUAAGUUAGCUGAACAUUUGAAAGAUUGUUCUUGCAGUCACGAAGGCUACGAUUAUCAAACUUGGAGAAAAGAUUAUUUAAUUAAGAAACUUCGAGAGGAAAGUAAUAAGAUUAAAUCUUUAGAACAAGAAGUAGAAAGAUUAAUUAAUCUCAUUAAACAACAAAAAGAAAAAAUAAUAGAUGCUUAUUUGCAUUUCUUUGCUGAAAAAGAACUAUUAAAAGAACUAAUUACGGAUUAUUUAGAAUAUAAAAAAUCCCAAAAACAAAAAUUAGAUAAUGUUUUUAAACUUCGUAGACAAUAUAACAAAGUUUAUGAUAGAUUAGCAGACAAGAUUGGCGAAGAAAAAAUGAUUGAGGUGGAAGAUAUUCUUAACAACUGCGAGGAAUUAAUCCAUUAUGAAGUGGAAUUACAAGCUCAAAUUAACCAGAAUCAAAAACUUAUUGCUGAUCAUCAACAAGUAAUUAAUCACAUUACCUACAACAUCGGUAAUAUUAAUAUUGAUAAGGGUCAUGCUCUGAUUAGUAAUACCAUGAGCAAUAAUACUGAUCUUAGCUAUCAGAUCCAGGAGGUAUUAGAAACUAAAAUGAAAAUCUCUUUUAAAAAACAAACUGAACAAAAUGAUUCUUUAGUGACAAGUUCGAAAAAAAGAGAAAAACGUCAGUUAUCAAUCUCUUCCAUAACUGAGCUUUCCUGUGAAAAAACAGAAGUAGAAGACUAUGCCAAAGAAAUAUUAGAAAAUAUUUAUCAACUAGCCAAUAAAGAAAUACCAGUUGAUUUACAAGAACUAGAAACCAACAUAGAAAUUCCUCCCAAAAACAACCCUUAA